AGGCUUCCCAAACCAAAGAAACCUGAAGUUGAAACACAGACAUAGUGAAGUCUUUUUUAUUAAUUAAGAAAGCAACAAGAGUAAUUCUUGUUUUGUUUUGCAAGUGAGGUGCAGUAUCAGAAUCAGAAAGUUGAAGAUGGGGAUCAGAUUCAUAUUGAUGGUCAACAAACAAGGCCAGACCCGUCUCGCCCAAUACUACGAAUGGCUCACCCUCGAAGAACGCCGCGCUCUCGAGGGUGAAAUCGUUCGCAAAUGCCUCGCUCGCACCGAGCAACAGUGUUCUUUUGUCGAGCAUCGCAACUAUAAAAUCGUUUACAGGCGCUAUGCAUCGCUGUUUUUCCUAGUCGGAGUUGACAAUGAUGAGAAUGAGCUUGCUAUUUUGGAAUUCAUACACUUGUUAGUGGAAACCAUGGAUCGCCAUUUUGGCAAUGUGUGUGAGUUAGAUAUCAUGUUCCAUUUAGAGAAAGCACAUUUCAUGCUGGAAGAAAUGGUCAUGAAUGGGUGUAUUGUUGAGACAAGCAAGCCAAACAUUCUGACACCGAUACAGCUGAUGGAAAAAUCAUCUUAAAAUGGUUUUGUUUGAAUUUUAUGAUGGGUUUCCGGCUUGUUUUUGUUUCCUAUAGUACAAUAAAAGUUUAAACAGUAUCAAUUCCUUGAUAAUUCAAUAUCUUUUAGUUAA